CCCCCCACCUCCUCACUGUCACUCACUCCCUCUGCCGUACAAAAUUACAAAGAAAAGCCAGAAGAGGAAAAAAGAAGCUCUCCACCUUUCACAAUGUUCUGCUUCUCCAAGAACCAGAGCAUGGAACGCCAUGUCGUCGCCGUCCUGCUCCUCCUUUCUGUCUUUUCAUCUCUAGCUGAUGCGGCCUCAGUCGGAGUGAACUAUGGUAGAAUAGCCGACAACCUGCCGUCGGCGUACAAGGUGGUGCAGCUUCUGAAGUCACAAGGCUUGGAGCGGGUCAAGGUCUUCGACUCCGACCCGGCCGUGCUCCGUGCCCUAGCUGGAUCCGACAUCAAGGUCACAGUCGACCUGCCCAACGAGCUCCUCUCCUCCGCCGCCAAGUCUCAGUCUUUCGCUACCAACUGGGUCCAGCGAAACGUUGUCGCUUACCACCCCAACACCCAGAUCGAAGCUAUCGGUGUCGGCAAUGAGGUCUUCGUUGAUACCCACAACACCACCAAGUUCCUCAUCUCCGCUAUGAAAAACAUCCACACCGCCCUCGUCCACUUCAACCUUGAGUCCUCCAUCAAGGUCUCCUCCCCCAUUGCCCUCAGCGCCCUGCAAAACUCCUACCCAUCUUCCGCCGGCUCAUUCCGACCUGAACUCGUUGAACCCGUUUUCAAGCCCAUGCUAGAGUUCCUUCGUCAAACUGGGUCCUAUCUCAUGGUCAACUGCUACCCCUACUUCGCGUACGAGUCAAACUCUGACGUCACCCUGGACUAUGCCCUCUUUCGUGAAAACCCUGGAGUCGUCGACGCCGGCAACGGCCUCCGUUACUUCAACCUCUUCGACGCCCAGAUCGACGCCGUUUUCGCCGCCAUGUCGGCGUUGAAGUACGACGACAUCAACAUGGUUGUGUCGGAAACGGGCUGGCCGUCCAAAGGCGACUCGGUUGAAGUAGGCGCGAGUGUGGAGAACGCAGCGGCCUACAACGGCAACCUCGUCCGUCGGAUAUUGACCGGCGGGGGGACCCCCUUGAGGCCGAAAGCAGAUCUGACCGUAUAUCUCUUCGCUCUAUUCAACGAGGACAAGAAAUUCGGUCCCACAUCAGAGAGAAACUACGGGCUCUUCUUCCCCAACGAACGGAAGGUGUACGACAUACCGUUUACCGUCGAAGGACUAAAGAACUACCACGACCGCCGGUCGCCGGUAUCCGGAAACCAGCAUGUGACUGCUCCGGUCAACGGGGGAGGGGACAUGUCGAAGAGCUUGAACGGGAACACGUGGUGCGUGGCGAAUGGGGAGACCGGGAAGGAGAAGCUGCAGGCGGGACUAGACUACGCUUGCGGUGAGGGCGGGGCGGACUGCCAUCAGAUCCAGCCGGGGUCCGCGUGUUAUGAUCCUAACACCCUGGAGGCCCACGCCUCAUACGCUUUCAACAGUUACUACCAAAAGAAGGCACGUGGAGUCGGCACGUGCUAUUUUGGCGGGGCGGCCUACGUUGUCUCGCAACCACCCAAGUUUGGGAAAUGUGAGCUGCCGACUGGGUACGGAAACUGAAGAAUGCAAAAGGAAAAGAAGAUGGGGGUGUGGUUAGCAAUUUUGUGGCAAAGGGGGGUUUGCUUAGUAGCCUAAUUUUGCUUUGCUACUUGUUAAUUUCUGUUUUAGGGCUAUUAACCUAACUAUUAUGUUCAUAAUUAUAUACUUAGUAGUUUCUGGUUUAAUUCCUAUAGCGUUGUACCUCGAGGAUCUUGAUUAAUUAAAUCUACCAUAUCUAUUAUUUUU